AUGGCGCGCGGGCCGAAGAAGCAUUUGAAGCGCUUGAAUGCGCCGUCUCACUGGAUGCUGGACAAGAUGGGUGGGGUGUGGGCACCGCGUCCGUCGACCGGGCCGCACAAGAUGCGCGAGUCGCUUCCGCUCAACCUGAUCCUGCGCAACCGUCUCAGGUACGCGCUGACCGGACGCGAGGCGAACAUGAUUGUGAUGCAGCGGUUGAUCAAGGUUGACGGGAAGGUGCGCACGGACAAGACUUUCCCCGCCGGGUUCAUGGACGUGGUGACGAUCGAGAAGACGGAUGAGACGUUUCGACUUUUGUACGACGUGAAGGGACGAUUCAAGCUGCACCUGAUCACCAAGGAUGAGGGGGCUUACAAACUGUGCAAGGUGAAGCGGCAGCAGACGGGUAUGAAGGGCGUGCCGUACAUCGCGACGCACGAUGCGCGGACGAUCCGAUACCCGGACCCGGUGAUCAAGGUUGAUGACACUGUGCGCGUGAACAUUGGGACGGGCAAGAUAGAGGAUAUCCUUAAGUUCGAGGUGGGCAACCUGUGCAUGAUUACAGGGGGACAUAAUAUCGGGCGUAUCGGUAUCAUCCAGUUGCGAGAGAAGCAUCCGGGAUCUCAUGAGAUUAUUCGUGUGAGAGACGCGAUGGGGCACGAUUUUGCGACGCGGAAGACUAACGUGUUCAUCAUCGGAAAGGGAAGCGAACCAGCGAUCUCGCUACUCAAGAAUAAGGGUCUGAAGAAAUCGAUUAUUGAAGAGCAGGAGGCCCGGGAGAAGGCCAAGCCCGUCGCUGUGUAGACAUUGUGUUUGUGUUGUUGGACGACUCAAAACGAGUCAUGAUGUAGACGGGAGGUGCAAUAAAUCCGAUCUACAAUAAAAGCUUUGCGUUGCAAACGGCGAGAAA